UUCUCUGUCUAGCUGUGACUGGCUGAGGCGGCGCAGCGGCAUAGGGACGGUAGCCUUGCCCGAUUGGUGUGUCCCUUUAAUACAAGAAAAUGGAAACUGAACAGCCAGAGGAAACCUUUCCCAACACCGAAACCAAUGGCAAAUUUGGUAAACGCCCUGCUGAAGGUAUGGAAGAGGAACAAGCUUUUAAAAGAUCUAGAAACACAGAUGAGAUGGUUGAAUUACACAUUCUGCUUCAGAGCAAGAAUGCUGGGUCAGUGAUUGGAAAAGGCGGCAAGAAUAUUAAGGCUCUCCGUACAGACUACAAUGCCAGUGUUUCAGUCCCAGACAGCAGUGGCCCCGAGCGCAUAUUGAGUAUCAGUGCUGAUAUUGAGACAAUUGGAGAAAUUCUGAAGAAAAUCAUCCCUACCUUGGAAGAGGGCCUGCAGUUGCCAUCACCCACUGCAACCAGCCAGCUCCCGCUCGAAUCUGAUGCUGUGGAAUGCUUAAAUUACCAACACUAUAAAGGAAGCGACUUUGACUGCGAGUUGAGACUGUUGAUUCAUCAGAGUCUGGCAGGAGGAAUUAUUGGGGUCAAAGGUGCUAAAAUCAGAGAACUUGGAGAGAACACUCAGACAACAAUCAAGCUUUUCCAGGAACGUCGUCCUCAAUCCACUGACAGAGUCGUUCUUAUUGGAGGAAAACCUGAUAGGGUUGUAGAGUGCAUAAAGAUCAUCCUUGAUCUUAUAUCAGAGUCUCCCAUUAAAGGACGUGCUCAGCCUUAUGAUCCCAACUUUUACGAUGAAACCUAUGAUUAUGGUGGUUUUACAAUGAUGUUUGAUGACCGCCGUGGACGUCCUGUGGGAUUUCCCAUGCGGGGAAGAGGUGGUUUUGACAGAAUGCCUCCUGGUCGGGGUGGGCGUCCCAUGCCUCCAUCCAGAAGAGAUUAUGAUGAUAUGAGCCCUCGUCGAGGACCUCCUCCACCUCCUCCCGGACGAGGUGGCCGGGGUGGUAGCAGAGCUCGGAAUCUUCCUCUUCCUCCACCACCACCUAGAGGGGGAGAUCUAAUGGCCUAUGACAGAAGAGGAAGACCUGGAGACCGUUAUGAUGGCAUGGUUGGUUUCAGUGCUGAUGAAACCUGGGACUCUGCAAUAGAUACAUGGAGCCCAUCAGGGUGGCAGAUGGCUUAUGAACCACAGGGUGGCUCUGGAUAUGAUUAUUCCUAUUCAGGGGGUCGUGGCUCAUAUGGUGAUCUUGGUGGACCUAUUAUUACUACACAAGUAACUAUUCCCAAAGAUCUGGCUGGAUCUAUUAUUGGCAAAGGUGGUCAGCAGAUUAAACAAAUCCGUCAUGAGUCAGGAGCGUCGAUCAAAAUUGAUGAGCCUUUAGAAGGGUCCGAAGACCAGAUCAUUACCAUUAUAGGAACACAGGACCAGAUACAAAAUGCACAGUACUUGCUGCAGAACAGUGUGAAGCAGUAUGCAGAUGUUGAAGGAUUCUAAUGCAAGAUAUUUUUUCUUUUUUAUAGUGUGAAGCAGUAUUCUGGAAAGUUUUUCUAAGACUAGUGAAGAACUGAAGGAGUCCUGCAUCAUUUUUUUUUAUUUGCUUCUGUUUAAAAAGCCAACAUUCCUCUGCUUCAUAGGUGUUCUGCAUUUGAGGUGUAGUGAAAUCUUUGCUGUUCACCAGAUGUAAUGUUUUAGUUCCUUACAAACAGGGGUGGGGGGUGGGGGAGGGUGUGCAAAAACUAACAUUGAAAUUUUGAAACAGCAGCAGAGUGAGUAAAUUUUAAUUUUUGUUCAUUGUUGGUGGUUUAAAAAAAAAUCCCCCCAUGUAAUUAUUGUGAACACUUUACUUUGUGAUCACUGUAACAUUUGGGGGGGGGUGGGACAGGGAGGGAAAGUAACAAUAGUCCAUAUGUCCCUGGCAUCUAUUCAGAGCAGUGUGCAGAAUGUAAUGCUCUUUUGUAAGAAACGUUUUAUGAUUUUUAAAAUAAAUUUAGUGAACCUA